UCCUCAACACAAGAAACCAAGACUAUGUGCAUGAAGCGGGGGGGAGGGUGGAUGGUGUCUUGUUUGGAUGUGAUUCCACAGGCGAGGGGAACAGCGACAGACAGGGCCAGCCAUCCUCCACCAACUCGAUUGCGUUGCAGCGACUCAAGGGAAGGACGCUCAUGUUUGGUGUGUGUGUGUGUUGAUGCGUAGAUGAGCAACGAUACCUUGACGUGGUUGUUGACCAAGAACAACAACGCCUUUUUGGUCAAGGGUGUGCAACCCAACAGCGACUUCUCGCGCGCCAAGUUCAACUUGUUGAACCGCCACAGCCGCAAGUACGACGCGUUGUCCGCCAACAAGGCAGUCGGCAUCUCGUUGAACGAUAAGAAGGUCGUGUUGACCACGAAGAUCGCGAAGAACGCCCACUUCCCCGUCAAGUCGAUCCACUCGGUGCCCUUGAACAAGGGUUUCCGCGCCAACGCGCACACGAUCCGCGCCGAAAUCUCCCGCAACUUCUACCGCGGCGACUUGAAGCGUGCCGCGCUUGCCCGAUGGACUCAAUUGAACCGCGUGGCCAAGAUUGAAAAGGGCGUGCUCAAGAAGUCGGUCGCCAAGACCAAGCGCAACCAAGUCAAGGCGUAA